AUGACUCUCCAACCUCUCUUCUUGGUCUUCAUCUUGAUGGCUGCCAGCAUCUCGGCUAUGCGUGUCCAGGUCGCUGCUAAAUGGGGCAAAACAAUGGGCCAAAGGACAAGCAAGUUGGUAGAAAUUGCUGACUCUCGGGCCGACUCCGUGGUCGCAGGUAUGGGUACCUGGUCUCAGGGCAGAUACCAGGCCCAUGUGAAAACAGAUUCUCGAGGCAGAGGCGUUCCUCCAAUGCUCAUUAUCAAUCCGACUAGAGACGCAUCAAACGCAAAUGAAGGGCAUGCCAUGGUUGCGGAGAUGCAGUCACUUAUGCGUCAGAAUGCCAACUCGAGGUCUCCGUCUCCUGCUCCGGCCACCGGUGUAAAUUCGGCACCACCCAAGAAGGCACCACCCAAGAAGGCACCACCCAAGAAGGCACCAUCCAAGAAGGCACCAUCCAAACAGGGGAAGCGCUCCUACUACAUCCGAAGCCGAUACAACAACUACUAA